AUGGAAUACUCCUCGUCGGCGGCUCUACCAACGCGCGAUACGUUCGCUGCUCCUGGCCCGGCUCCACUGCCUCCAGUAAGGGCUCCAGGUAUUUCUCGACUUGGGCUGCCCUCCAAACCGGUUCGUCAGGGCUGGGUUCAAAUCAAGGAGGACGGCUCAAUGAAAUGGAUAUGGACCAAAAAGUAUCUUGUGCUCCAAGACAGCAUGCUGUAUUUUUUCCGCAACGAGUCGGCAACUUCGGCUGGUAUCACCAUCCCCCUGAACACUGUGUCUUCUAUCACCCGCUCCGACGCCAAACCUUAUUGCUUUGAAAUUAUUCGAAAUGCCAACUUAAAAUCCAUGUAUGUUGCAUGCAAAAGUGAUACUGAAUGCUACACUUGGAUUGAUGAUAUUUAUACUAAUGUUCCUUCGACUGGUGUAUCAAAACCGAUCAAUUUCACCCACAAUGUUCAUGUUGGCUUUGACUCUACUUCUGGAGAGUUCACAGGCUUGCCCACCGAGUGGGCUCGCUUGCUUAAAUCGUCUGCUAUCACCACAGAAGACUUCAACAAAAACCCACAGGCUGUUGUUGAUGUUCUUACUUUUUAUCAGUCUAAUAUGGUUCAGGACGAGCUUUCGGGAGCUAUGGCGGACACAUCAAUCAAGUCCAGUACAAGCAAUGACAGCAUUGGUAAUAUCGUCAAUCCAAACAAUCAUGGGCUGACUCCGACCCCGCCGCCGGUCCCUUUGAGCCAACAGUCUUCAGUUGCUUCAGGUCUCAGUGACCGCCAGCAGUGGGCCUCAUUGUCUGCUACAUCGUUCACCAAUACUCGUAGAGCUCCUCCUCCUCCUGUUCCUGUUUCUAAUGGUAGUGUUACAUCAAUUUCGCCAGCUCCUCGAGUCAACCCGGCACCGCCUACCCCGUUGCAAACUUCAGCCAGCUCUACUUCUAAUUCCUCAUCCUCGUCGAUCCAUGAAAUCGCACUGACACCUACUCGCAGGGCUCCGCCUCCGCCGGUUGCAGAUAUCGCUCCUCUUAACUUGCGGAAGGCUAAUCAAAGCUCGCCUGGUGUUCAUAUUCCUAUGACGCCAACUGGCGCUCCAAAAACGCCGGCGCCGCCAGCAUCUGCUCCCGCUCUCCGUCAACAAACAGAAAGCUUAGGAGCGUCCCCAACAUCAAAUAUGCAGGUAUCUCGCACGGUUUCACCCCCAUCGUCGAAAACGGCACCUCCUCAUAAUCCUUACAGCCAACCGGCUCAGCGAUAUACUUCACCGGUAUCAAAACCUCCUCAGCCACUUUUCCGAGCGCCCCCUCCUGCGAACCCCUAUCGACAAAGGCCGCAGGGACCUGCUAUUCCUGUGUCGGGAUCCCAGGGAAACAUUGUUCAGGCUCCAUCUCACCCAUUCCAAGGUGUACCCUCCGCUGUAACGUCUUCUGCACCGGUUAUAACACCGCCACAGGCUCCUAAGCAGCAGUAUCCUCGCGUGCAGCCUCAAGCAGCCCCGGCCGCCAAGUCGAACCCGGCGGCAUCUGCGGCGGCGGCGGCUGCGGCUGCUGCUUUAGAGGGUGCUGGAAAGGGUCCUGUUAAAGAGAAGCGUAUCUCGACCAUGACAGAGGCCCAGAUUAUGCAAAAGAUGCGAUCGGUGGUUUCCAGUGAGAAUCCAACUGCACUUUACCAGAAGCUCAAGAAGGUCGGACAAGGUGCCAGUGGAUCUGUGUAUGUUGCCCGGCCGUUGGGAAAACUAGCCCAGACCCACCGUCAAGUUGCCAUUAAGCAGAUUGAUCUGUCCAACCAGCCCCGCAAAGAGCUCAUUGUGAAUGAGAUUACGGUUAUGCGGGAGAGUCAGCACCCCAACAUUGUGAAUUUCCUAGAGGCAUACCUUCGUGGAUCUAACGACUUAUGGGUUGUCAUGGAAUACAUGGAGGGCGGCCCUCUCACAGAUGUGAUUGAGAACAAUACUAUGACUGAGCAGCAGAUAGCUACUAUUUGUCGUGAGACAUGUAGGGGGCUGCAGCACCUGCACUCCAAGUCGAUUAUUCACCGCGAUAUCAAGUCAGACAACAUGCUGCUGGACAGCCAAGGACACGUGAAGAUCACUGAUUUCGGAUUCUGUGCCAAACUCACUGACCAAAAGAAUAAGCGGGCCACCAUGGUGGGCACCCCGUACUGGAUGGCUCCCGAGGUUGUGAAGCAGAAGGAGUAUGGUGCCAAAGUCGACGUUUGGUCACUCGGCAUCAUGGCCAUUGAGAUGAUUGAGAGUGAACCUCCGUACCUGAACGAAGAGCCGCUUAAGGCGCUCUAUCUGAUUGCAUCCAAUGGCACUCCCAAACUGAAACACCCUGACCGGUUGUCUCGUGAGCUCAAAAGCUUUUUGAGUGUGUGCUUGUGCGUAGAGGUUUCUUACCGCGCAAGUACCACUGAGCUUUUGAAUCAUGACUUCCUCCAGAAGGGAUGCAGCAUCGAAACGUUACCGCCAUUGCUUGCCUAUAAAAAAAAGCCGUAA